AUGACCUGUUUGCUUACUGACGUAUUCCGAACUCUAGCUAUCAGCUUGCAGUUUUCUCUUCCAACAAGAGCAAGUCGCGUAAACGACCUCUUACUCUUCCAAUCUCUCUCAUCCUCAUCCCUACCGCCCCUUAUGAUCUCCGCAAUUCCUCCUCCCCGGCCGGCGUUGGUCAAUUCGAUAGCCAGUACACACGUCGCAGGUCCGGCAAGUGCAGGGAAACCAAACUGCAGCGUCAACGAAAAUAUCUUACGCGAUAUCUGUGAAAACCGCACAAGCAGCCCUAUCCCCGCCAGUGAGGACCAAUCUCGUCUCCCCGUAGAAGUCCUCACAUCUAUCUCAGCCCCGGCCCAGGCGGGAAUCCGAUUCGUCGACCUCCCAAUUGAGAUCCAUGAAAUUAUUCUGGAUCAUAUCUUUGGCAAAAGAGCUUCGGCUGGUAAGCACACAGCAUAUGGUGAAUCUUCUGCUCAGAACUGGAGCAAGGCUCUCCAUCAUCCCCGGAGGAAGGCCCUUGCCAACCUGGCCUUGACUUGCCGGGUCUGGACUGGACUUGUUCAAUGCCGAAUUUACCGCCAUAGUGAGUUUCAUCUGACUGUGAAUCUAAAUUUCAAAUUGUACUGGCAACUGACUUUUCACAUAGUCAGAAUCAAGGGCAGCAGAGAUGAAUUGGCCAACUGUGCGCGGUGGUUCACGAGGAACCCCCAUUUGACUCCUUACGUCUGCCAUAUUGAGGUUUGGAUGCCUAUCUGGGGAGAUCGGGCUCUUUCGCCUAACGUUCCUUGCUCGAAUGCGGAGCAACAUGCCGCUCAGCCAGCCACAGGACGUGUCGUACCCAUGCCGUGGAAUCAUCAUCAUAAUCAGGGAGAUAAAAUUUUCUAUUAUCAACGUCCAACCAACAACGCUUCAUUGGAGGAAAUCUUCGGUCUUAUUCAGUGCUUUUUCCCCGCUGCUCGAGUUCUCACACUUGAGGGUGGCCACUGCAAGAACCCGCCUAUGAUUCGACAUUUCCGCCAUAGUCGUGUCAUGUACAGUCUGCAGGCCCUCAUCCAACGGCGUCUACCUAUUCUUGAUCAUAUACAGACAUUUAUCAUGCGUGGUGCCUGGAACCUGAUGCGAGAACUUGAAGACUGGCACAACAUUUCACAGGCGUUGCCAGCUUUGAGCGAAUGGCAUUGCGCUUGGGCCCAACCCCAUCUGAAUGCCUACUUCAUCAUGAUACACAUCUUGGUCCACCCUCCAGUUACAAUCCGACAUAUCAAUCUCAGCCUGGAGGGGUUUUACAACAACAGUGAUGGUUUGCUAGCUGGGCUAUCUGGACCUCGAAGCUCGCUUCCUCCAAUCUGCAGUUUGCUUGGCGAAACAGCUCCGCGGUUAGAGUCAUUUACCUACACUGGCCGUGUGUGUUGGUUCUUUUUUGAGACAUUGAAACAAGGGGCAACAGCAAUGGGUUCUCAUUCUCGGCUCAGGUCACUAGAUCUUGUAGUCAAGGCGUGCUGUCACAAUAAGCAGGUAGACAAAUCGCAUCACUGGUCGCAGAUGAGUCCAGGGAUAGGGGGAAUUACCAGCAUUGCGUUCAUUCGCGCCUUCGAGGCAAUGGUGGUCAAGGCAAUCGAGUGUCUAUCCGUACUUCCUGCCCUGGAGUACUUACGGGUCCGUUUCGUCGACCUCGACUCAAGCUGUCCACCUCUGAACCCUUAUUUCCAACUUGUGGAUAACGAGUGCACAGGCCUGUGGAGUGAAGACAUCCUGGAAGCUUUGCGCAUGAACCGACCAUCUGCCUCAUUUAUCGCGCUUACAGAUGGAAUAGCCGCAGAGUACAAUGACCAGCAAAUUGUGGGCGCCUUGAUACCCCGAGUUCGGCCCCUGGGAAUCCAAGUAAACACGUACAGCCUUCUUGCCGACAGUUCCAACCCUUACUAG